CCAACUGGUUGUACCCUGAUCAUUGAAUAAGUAAAUAUUAAUACUGUGGACCAAUGUGUCUUACCUAUACAAAAAUUUGUAGAAAUCUAUCGUAAAUAUAUAUGACAGAAUUACGUUGUUUAUGCGUAGAAUGUGUUAUAAGAGGAAGUUGAUUGUAAACUCCAUGAAAAAGGGAAUUUUUAUUCUGGCAACAAUUUUGCUUUUAGCGGUUGAUUUUUCGCAAGGAUUAAAUUGCAGUACCGAUCCUUGCAUGUACGGAAUUUGUUUAGAAGAUAUAAACAGCACUUAUUCCUGUUAUUGUAUCGAUGGUUAUACUGGGAUCAAUUGCGAAAUCAAUUGGGAUGAUUGUUGGUCUAAUCCUUGUCUCAAUGGAGGAACGUGCAACGAUGCUGUUGCAGCGUAUAAUUGCACUUGUGCAGAGGGUUUUGUAGGUAUAAAUUGCGAGCAGAGAUACAGCGAAUGUUCGAAUCAACCUUGCUUGAAUAAUGGAACUUGUUUAGAUUAUGAUGGUAUUACCUGCCAAUGUCCUGAUGGAUAUUCAGGCGAUUAUUGUGAAAUUGAUGCUUCAGUUUGUAACGAUACAAUAUGUAAGAACGGAGGUGAAUGCAUGGAGGGACCUGGAUUCUCUUUCUUUUGUCGUUGUCCUGAAGGAUGGACAGGUCGAUUAUGCGACGAAGACGUUGACGAAUGUGUUACUUCACCAUGUAAGAAUGGUGGUCUCUGUAUCAACGUGCCUGCUUCGUAUACUUGCGCUUGUUUAUUCGGAUAUACAGGUAAAGAUUGCGACAAGGCCAUUGUACCCUGCAAAGAAAAUCCUUGUAGAAACGAUGCAGUGUGCUUAUUCGAAGAUGAACGACCAAUUUGUUACUGUGUACCAGAUUACCAUGGCGUAUUAUGUGAGCUAAAAUACGACGAUUGCGAAUCAAAAUUCGCGAACUGCGAGAACGGUGGCACUUGUAUCGAUGGUGUCAACAGUUUCACUUGUGCUUGCCCAACAUUUUACAGUGGGCCAUUCUGUAAUGUGUACGAUCUUCCGUCGACUCCUUUUUCAACUUUCAGUGAAAUCUCUGAAAUUGAUAGCGAUAAGGAAAUGUCUGUUACUACGCCUUUUGCAUCAAAAUCGUCGACAUUGCUAGAAAGCGAUAUGUCCUCAUUGCUAACUACCUCCACGACCAUGCAAUCUUCAACUUCCGUCAAUGGUACCAGUCGUCUUUACACGAAAUGGUAUCCUUUCGUCGAAACUACACCUUCAACUUUAGACAGAAAUAACAUUAGCAUUUUUAGUAGUAGUACCAGUAGUGAGAGUAGUACAGAAGUUACUUCAUUUCUUAACGAUGUUUCCUCCGUGUAUUCUAUAACGGGUAAAGAAACAUCCGAGGUAGAAACAGCUUCAUCGGAAUCCCAAACAUUUCCUACUGUUCUAAGUGAAGUAUCUUCCGCGCCUUCAACGAUAAGAGUUGAAACAGAACAUUUAACACAGAAAUCGUUUCGUAACGAAAAUACUACUGCCAGUGAAAGUAAUUAUCAUGAAGGGGAUGCUAGGACACUCGCAUCUAUCAAUGAUACAUCGUCAUCUGAAACCAGUAGUACAAUGGGAUACAUUUCGAAUACAGGAUAUUAUCCGGUGGUAACUACAUCUGUAGAAAAAAUCACUGAAGAAGCUACAACAGAGAGUGAGAAAAGCAAUGGUUACUCUACUGUUAUUUCUUCCUCUACAUUCAUAGAGUUCUGGCAAAAUAAAAGUUCGGAAUCAAGUACGCCAAUAGUAGAAGUGCCAAAAACGACGUCUCAAACUUUCAUAGAUAAAUGGACAUCUUCAUUGUUAACAAAGGCUUCAGAAAGUUCAGAAAGUUCUACAUUUUGGAUCACCAAUGGUACCUCUUCAUCUGCGACUAGUACUUCUGUAAGGUCAAUACUCGAAGAAGAUACUACUGUUAGCGAACAAUUCUCGACGAAAAAAUCAUUGACAACUGCAAAAAGCACCACCGAAUGCCAUGGAAUGUUAUGUACAAGUUCUCCAUUACCACCUACACGCAAUGAUAGUAAUUGCAACUGUUCACAUCGUGAAAAUUGUAAAACUGGUCCGAGUAUAACGCGAGCAGCUUUCAAUGGUAAAUCAUAUGCGAGACAACAGGUUGAUGUAGAAGUCUCAAAUGGCAAUAAUGCAACUUUAAGGAUUUUCGUGAGGCUUAGAACACAAUUCAAGGACGGUAUUAUAUUGCACGUCUACUUUGACAAUGAGAAAUAUGCUUUAGUUUACUUGGAAUAUGGCUCCUUAAAAUUUCAAUUCUCCUGCGGCCUUGAAACCAUGCUACUUGGUGAAAUAGACUCGCCUAUUGAUAAUGGAUAUGAAACGGAUAUUGAUACAAAGUUUCAAUACUUUGUGAAAAAUGAAACCAACAAAUGUUCGGCUCGUUUAUUAGUAAAUGGAACAACAGCCGUUAGCGGUGAACAAAUGUUGCCAUUACAUGGAAUCCUUCCACGAUAUGCUAAUUUACAUUUGGGUGGGAUACCGAUGGUGUUUUCGCACCACUUUGCUCAUGUUUCCAUGGGAUUUACUGGUUGUAUGAAUUCACUGAAGAUAAAUGAUGUUCCUCGUCAUUUCAUUCAUGAUUCUGUGGAAACAUUUCAAAUUGAUGACUGCAUGUCUUUCCUAUGCUUAUCGAAUCCUUGUCAAAAUUUUGGUGCGUGUGAAGAAGUAAAUGGUGCAGUUCGUUGUAGAUGUAUACCUGGAUAUACAGGCCCAUUUUGCGAACGAUCAUCAUGCGAUGAAAAUCCUUGUGCCAUGGGUGCAACUUGCAUUAGUUCACCUGGUACAGGCUUCGUUUGUGUAUGCCCACUUGGAACUCACGGACUCUUAUGCGAAGAAGAUACCAUCAUAAGCCGACCAUCAUUUUCGGUACUUGUACCUGGCUUUUCGUCAUACGUUGCCUAUGGUGUUUCGAAUUCUAUAAAAGAUGCCAUGGAACUAAAACUGAAGCUCAUACCACGAUCUUAUGAACAGAUAUCAUUGGUAGCUUAUUUAGGACAAAGUGGAACGCGUCGAGAUCUGUCGGAUCAUUUUUCUAUUACAUAUGUUCGUGGUUACAUUAUGUUAACUUGGGAUUUAGGAGCAGGUGUUCGUAGAAUAUUUACAAGCGUCCCUUUGAAUGCUAUAACAACGACAGGAACUGCAAGUAAAAGUUACAUAGCAUAUACGAUCCAGGCUGGAAGAAGAGGUCGAGACGCAUGGCUUGCAAUAGAUGGCAUAGGCAAUGUAACUGGAAGAGUAGUCGGAUCUAUGACUCGACUCGACGUAUCUCCAAUACUUUACAUUGGUGGACAUAAGUCAAGAAAUUUUGAUUCUUUACCCCAUGAUUUGCCUCUUCAUACUGGAUUUUCUGGUUGUAUAUUUGAUAUUGAAUUACGAACAGAAACUGCAAUUUAUCCAAUAACCAGUUCUAGCCCUGCAACAGGUCGUGGUGUUGGUGAAUGUCACCGGAACGAAUGUAUUCGUCAUUUAUGUAAAAAUGGUGCGGUAUGUUUAAAUCAUGGAGCAACAUACAGUUGCAUUUGUACAAAAGAAUGGAUGGGCUCUGAUUGUUCCAUACCAGUGGAAUCAUUAUCCUUUGUUGAUUCAUCUUCCUGUCAAACUUCAGACUAGUAAAAA